CUAAUUUUCCCAAAUAAAGCAUAAAUUGAAUGAAAUGCAAAAUAAGAAAAUGAAAAAAAUUGCGAACCUGAUAAAAAAAAUUCCUAGCUGUACCUCUGUGGUCACGCAAAAAAGUGGUGAUUCAUACAGGAAAUUUUUAGUUUGGAUGACGUCACAGCACCAUGGGUCGUUGACCUGAGCUGCAAUGAGAUUCAAACUGACAAGAUAAUGUUGCGAUGAAGCGCUGUUACUGAAUGUAUCUGUCCACAUGGUAGCCAU